AUGUCGCAUGGUCGAAAAACUGAGCAAGUUACUAUUAUUCGAGUAAAUCGUAGGGGUGAUAUAUUAAGUUAUGAUACUAUCGAACAGCCAAUUGAACCUGUUAAAUCUUCAUCAAAACAUUAUUCACGACCAAAAAAAGUAAAACAACCGGUCGUAUAUAAAGAGAAUAGUUAUUAUAGUGAAGAAGAUACAUCUGAUGUUAAUGUACCAGUGAGAAAAACAUAUGAAAAUACAAUUAAAGAAACAAAACCAGAACGACGUCGUCUUUCUCCAUUACAAUCAGAUCGUGAAAUUGUUGAAGAAAGAAUUAUCUGGCAAGGAAAAGCUCGGACUGAUUCUCAUAAUGAAAAUACUACCGAUCGACGUAAGAGUGGUCGAAAAUCAAUUAGAGUUGCUGGUGAUCCAAAUGGAUAUGUACUAGUUGAUAGUCCUGAUAAUUAUAGUGAAGAGCAUACAAGAUCUCAAGAACGUGGAAGAUCUUUACGAAAUGAAAAACAAAAUAUUAAUUCUACACGAAAACGAGGACCGAUAUCUGAUGAAGUUUAUAGUGAUAUUCAAAACUAUGAAUAUGAUGAUCGUAGAAUACAAUACAAACCAGCAAGACUUCCCCCAGUUCAAAAUCGAACAUUUGGAUUGCAACAAAAAUCACGAAGUAAUUCAAGAAAUGAUGAUUACACUAGACGUAUUCGAAAAUCACGAUCCACAUCUAAUAAUAGAAAAAGCUCUCGAUAUGAUUAUAUAAAACCUAAAAUUGAUGAUCGUAAUGAAGAAUAUGUAAGAAAUAUAAAAUAUGAACCAAAACCAAGAAAUACCAGCAAGUUACCACGUUGGAGAUCAGAACCAAAAAUGGGUUCAUUUAAUGUUUCUUACGAUACUAAGCCUACUUAUAGACAACCAAGAAAAUUUUCCGGUGAUCCAAAUGGAUGGAGACUUGUUAAUAACCGUAAUAAUUAUGAUGAAGAUGAUACAAGACAUCAAGAACGUCGAAGAUCUCUGCGAAAUGAAAAACAAAAUAUCAAUUCUACACCAAAACGAAGAACAAAAUCUGAUCGAGUUUAUAAUGAUAAUCAGAAGUAUGACGUUGAUGAUCGAAAAAAACGAUCCAAGCCAGCAAAACUUCCCCCCAUUCACCAUCGAACAUUUGGAUGGCAACAAAAAUCACAAAAUAAUGAUUCUACUGGACGUAUUCGAAAACAUCGGCCAACAUCUGUAAAUGCAAGAAAAAACACUCAAUAUAAUUCUAUAAAACCUAAAAUCGAUAAUCAUAAUGAAGAAUUUGUAAAAAGUUUAAAGUAUCAAUCAAAACCAAGAAUCAUAAAUGAUUUACCACUUUGGAAAUAUGAAUCAAAAACGAAAUCAUAUAAUGAUUCUUAUAAUCCGGAGCUCACACAUCGAAAACCAAAAAUUUUUCGUGAAAAACUUGAUUGGAAUGCACGAUCAAAAAUUGAUUCGGGUUUCGCAACCAAUGCGUAA